AUGAUCAGGCAGGGUGCUCGCAAUAUGUUUGAAGGGACAAGAUUGGUGCCUGACGCACACUACGCAAAAGCCCCAGCUCAUGGAAAAGAACAACUACGCAUACUCCAUUAUGGCACCCGAUCUUUCAAUAUCGCCGUCUUUGUGGAUAUAAUAAUAGCCGAAUAUCGUCUCCGAGAAAUCGUCCAACAAGAAAAAUCCCUAAAGCGCAAAGUUCGGGUUAUAGGAAAGAUAGCAGCCGACAAAUAUGGAGAUAAAGCAGCACAAUAUUAUAAUCAGGAGCUUACAAUUCUACUCCGGCAAUAUAGCGAGGCCGAGUACAAGCUUUACCUUGCCGAAACAAUGCUUCCUAUUGGCCCAUCAAACGGUCAACUAGUCGAAAAUUGCAUGAAGAGAGGUGGCUGUAGUCGAGACUGUGGAUGCUGUCAUGAUCGCCACGAAAGAACAGAAAGAAACAAAGGCAUUGGACACUGUACGCCAACGUGUGAUUGUUGUUCAAGGGAACGAGGCUUCAACUAUACUGCGAGAGAGAGACAAGGCUUUGUCGAGGAUUUCAAAAAGAAACUGUAUGACAAUAACCCGGCUUGUGUCAUCCAGAUGGCGGAGGCUUUCUUUUUACUGCCAGUGGUGGGAAAACCCCAGGUGAAAACGCAGGGCCAACCUCAGCCCGGCCAGGGUGGUAAUAAGCGAUUGUGGAAGCGAAUGUUCAGAAAGACUUGA